UAAAAUUGUGCCAUUUGCGACCGACCGCCCAAUAUGUCGCUCGUCGCCGACUACUCGGACAGCUCCGACUCGGACGUUGAGACGCCAGUCGUCGUCGCGCCAGCCGCCGCCGUCGCUGCGCCAUGCACGGCCAAGCCCAUCGCGCUUCCAUCGGCCGACGAUCUCUUUGCGGGAACGGUCAAGCCGUCGAGCGUCUCUGCGGGGCCGAGCUUCCUCGCCCAGCGCCAGACACCCAAGCCGACCAAGCGCGCGCUCGACGAGCCAACGGUAGCAGCGCCAACAAAGAACGCCAAGGUCAAGACGCGGUCGCUACUGCCGCCGCAGCUCCGGAACCAAAGGCCCAACGUCUCGACCGAGGACCUCAGUGCAUGGAACACGCGGCAAACCAUGAGCCAUCAAACGAGUUCUACUAAGAGUCAAUAGACGACGCGGUUCCUGCAGCAGGUAGCCCCGGUGGCUUGGUCGCGAUCACUCGGGUUGCUCCGAGGGCAC